GAUAAACGCCUUAAUGAUACAGACCUGACCAGGAAAGCUUACUGUUGCGCACGAAGCGAACGCGCACAAGCCUUACGCGCCGUUUAUACUUCGUUCUCUUUCUUUUUUCUUUUAAAAAAAGACGUCAUGCAAAUCAACGUACUGGUACCACAUUUUUCGAGUAUAAUCAAUAACAUAAAUUUUCUAAUGAUAAUAGAGGAAAAUUUAGAUAAAAGUGAGAUAAUGUAGACAAGUUACGUCUGUUUUUAAGGUGCUUUUAUAUAAAUUUACGAAGUACCACGAAAUAUAACGAAGCAUGACGAAGUUUAAUACGUCGAGUCGAUAAUCCAUCUUCAAAGUUACGACGAAUUAACUGUAACCAGUUGUCCUACAAUAUUCGGCUUUUCCGUGUACUCCAAAAUACAUCGCUCAAACCCGAGCGACAUGAUAUUCGCAUUGGGACGAUCGAUUUACAUUUCGUGAAAAUUCUGUUCAAAGAACAUCCGAAAUGCAUCGACACGUGGAAAUAUUAACAAUUCUGACGACCUUUGCUUGUGCUGAGAAUAUUUUAAUGACUGAGGUCUUUGUCAUACCUAUCAGACCGGAAACUUUCGAUUGGAGUCCAGACGGAAAAUACGAUCAGUUUACGUACCAACCGUCCUUGCUCAAUGCUCCCGAUCUUCCGUCAUGGAUUCACUAUGUUCAUAGUAAAAGAGAUCACGGUGGAUUUCUUUAUGGAGUCGCACCAAAAAAUCAAAAAUAUUUUCAAUUGGAGAUUGUGGGUUUAAACAAGUACACGUACGAGACGAAAUAUAAAGUACUUGACAUCAACGUUCUUGAGAAACAAAAUUUAACGAGAUACGAGGUCAACUUAAAAAUCGAUAAUCUCAAUGUGGAAGAUACGUUUGGUCGUAAUCGAACCGAAAAACUUCUUGAUGUUUUCAGAAACAAACUUUGGACGACUGCCACGGAUUUGUAUGUCACUUUUCUGGCUUCAGCAGUCGAACUUGGUGCACGUUUACCCCUUAAACCUGGAGAAAGCGAGGGAGUCGUCAUGAGACUGGGUAGUUCAAUACCAUUUUCACAAGAAUUGAUUGAACUUCAAGAGGAAGUAAAACCACUUUGGAAGCUACUACCAUCCUGUCCAAGAGAUUUUAAAAGAACGAGUGUGGAGAGAUUAUUCAGAGAAGCCGGUUUUUUAUUGGAUUGGUGUUCCUUCAGGCUGAUCGAAAGCGACGAGCAGAAUUUGCAACGAGAAAGUGCGAGACGUGGACCAAGUAUGAAUAUCGUUGGUUUACCAUCCUCUGGAAUUUCUGAACAUACCGAGUGGCAAUGGGCAAGAUCAACGAAAGCUGAUAUUCCUACGAGAAGUUAUUUCAAAGAAAUCGUUACAACGAUCUUCGUACCAACGAUAUUACUUCUUCUUCUGGCCACUUCUCUGAGUACAGCACUUUGUCUUCAUCGUGACAAAAUGAUGGAUCCAGAAUCUCAAUUAUACUUCUAUGAAUUAUUUAAUAUUUUUCAUAUCCAAAAGGAAAUUGUUAGCAAAAAAACAGAACCUUCAUCAGUAGAAACAAUGAGCAAGAAUGGAGUGCAAAUGGUACAAUAUGUAGCUCCUGAGAGAGGUACUUUGAGAUCAUUAUCUGUACCACCUUCUAGUCCUAAUGACUCUUUAACACAUACACCAAGAAUUUCUAGUGACCGUUGCAAUCCAUAUAUUCGACCUAAUCCACCACCUUACACUGGACCAAGCAAUUUCCCAGGUAUGAGGACAGAUUUCUGACUAUACGAGGAGCCAGGAAAAACGUGGUUUUGCUAAACAAAUACAAUAAAAAUACGCUUUGGACAGAGAAACUGCAAUAGUUUGCGCUUUGGACAGAGAAACUGCAAAAUCAUAAAAACUGGCUCCAUAAAUUAUAAUUAUAAUGCUUAAAUCAAAGUUGAAGUAGUAAAUUU